AUGUCUCAAUCCGGUGCCACCGUUUCGCAGGACUGCAUAACUGCCUUCAACGACCUGAAGCUUAGCAAGAAGUACAAGUACAUCGUCUACAAGCUCUCCGACGACUACAAGGAGAUCGUUGUCGAGCACGCCUCCGACAACAGUGACUGGGAGGACUUCCGUGAGAAGCUCGUCAACGCUACCUCCAAGAGCCGAACUGGCGCUGUUGGCAAGGGUCCCCGUUACGCCGUCUACGACUUCGAGUACAGCCUGGCCUCCGGCGACGGUAUCCGAAACAAGAUCACCUUCAUUGCCUGGUCUCCCGAUGAUGCCGGUAUUCAGCCCAAGAUGAUCUACGCUUCCUCCAAGGAGGCUCUUAAGCGAUCGCUCACUGGCAUUGCCACCGAGCUCCAGGCCAACGACACUGAUGACAUCGAAUACGACUCCAUCCUCAAGACCGUCAGCAAGGGUCUUGCUGGUUAA